AUGGACACAACACAAGUAAUAAGUAUAACGAAGCCAAUACCGAGAGCUGAAUAUGAAGAAGAAGAUGAUAAUAUAUCAGAUAUAGAUAUGGAUUUACUAGAUCAAGAAGUAGAUGAAGAAGAAAAUAAUAAUCAACAACAAACUCGAAAACAAUCACAAGAUUUAACAAAAAAUUCAAUAGUAACACCAGGAGAACUAAUAACAGAAGAUCCAAUAUGGAUGAAAGGUCAUGGUACAUACUUUAUAGGAGAUAAAACAUAUUCAUCAGUAGUUGGAAAUAUAUCAAGAGUAAAUAGAUUAUUAAGUGUUAAUCCAAUAAGAGGAAAAUAUUUACCAGAAACUGGAGAUCAUAUAGUUGGUAGAAUAACAGAAGUAGCAAAUAAAAGAUGGAAAGUAGAUAUAGGAUCAAAACAAGAUGCAAUAUUAAUGUUAGGAUCAGUAAAUUUACCAGGUGGAAUAUUAAGAAGAAAAUCCGAAAGUGAUGAAUUACAAAUGAGAUCUUUUUUAAAAGAGGGAGAUUUAUUAAAUUGUGAAAUUCAAACAAUUUUUAAUAAUGGUAUUGCUUCAUUACAUACAAGAUCUUUAAAAUAUGGAAAAUUAAGAAAUGGAAUAUUUUUAAAAAUUCCAAGUUCUUUAAUUAUAAAAUCAAAAAAUCAUAAUUAUGAUUUACCUGGAAAUGUUUCAGUUAUAUUAGGUAUAAAUGGAUAUAUAUGGCUUUAUAAAACUAAACCAAAAACAACCACCAACACAACAACCAUAAAUUCAAAUGGUUCAAAAUUACAACUGGGAAAUAAAGAUUAUACACCAGGUCAAGGAUCAAUAUCAAUAACAAGAUUAGAAGAAGAAAGUUCAUGGGAAAUAUAUAGUGAUAAAAAUGAUCAAAUAGAUUUAAUUACAAGAAAUAAUAUUUCAAGAUAUUAUAAUUCAAUAAAAGCUUUAGCUUUUUGUGAAUUAGGUAUAACUGAACAAAGAAUUAUAAUGGCUUAUGAAGCAAGUUUAUCAUUUUCAAAUUCUGGUAAUUUAAUUGAUAGAGAUUCAAUGGAACUGUUAUGUAGAGAAGUUUUAAAUAAUGAAGAAAUGAGAGGAAAUGCUUAA